AAUUGAAUAAAACCAGAUCUGCGGAAACAGGGAAUGAACCAUAAAGAAGUGUUUGCUCACCAGAUCGAGAGCGCACGCGAAUCCACCUUGGACCUUGACGAACUUGUCCUGGCCAUGAGGUGGAUCUCCACGGAGAGCGAGAACUUUCUGGAUGCCACUGGACUUGACAGUCCCAAACGCGUGGUCGAUCUUCAUUUUCUUAUUAUUACCAACUUUUUCAGAUCGUUAAUUUAUGUGAUUAAACCCAGAUCUGGGUUUGAGGAAAACCCAGAUCUGGGUUUAAGAGAGGAAGAAGAAAAGGAGAAGAGAGAAAAAAAAUAAGAAGAAGAGAGAAAAAGGAUGAGCAGGGAGGAGGAAAGGAGGAAGAGAUAAAGUUUGAGAGAGAAU